AAGUGUUUGUCAUUUUGGUUAUUCGCUUGUCAUUCUGUCUACCUGAAAAAUAUCGCUAGUGUUUUGAAUUCUUAUUGUUAAAUGUUUAGUAGCCAAAUAAAUUAACAAACAGAAUGUCAUUUAUGGGAGAUAUGAUGUCACCUGCACCUUUGUGGCACAAUGGUCCAUCACCAGGAUCUUUUUAUAACUUUCCGGCAAAUUCAUCAAACUUGGCUACCCGACCUUUACAAGAUUUUAGAGCUCAUUCAGCCAGCCCCAUCACCACCACCACAUCAGUGAUAGCCAUCAAGUUCGACAAGGGCUGCGUGAUAGCUGCAGACACCCUUGGCUCUUAUGGAUCCCUUGCCAGGUUCCGCGACUGCCCCAGGGUGAUGAAAGUCAAUGAUCUGAUCAUGCUAGGCUCGGGUGGCGAUUAUGCUGAUUUCCAGUUUUUAAAGGACAUUAUUGACCAGAAGAUCAUCGACGAACAGUGCAUCGGUGAUGGUUUGCAUUUGAAGCCUCGUUCCCUCCACUGCUGGCUGACUAGGGUCCUGUACAAUAAGAGAAGCAAGAUGGACCCCUUGUGGAACAACUAUGUCGUUGCCGGUAUCCAGGACGGUGAACCAUUCCUCGGAGCCGUGGACAAGUUGGGUACGGCUUAUGAAGAUGCAGCCAUCGCCACUGGCCUCGGAGCCUACAUGGCCACACCUCUCAUACGGGAUGCGACGGAGAAGGGAGUUCUGGACGAGGAGUCCGCUGUCGCUCUGGUCCGCAAAUGUAUGGAGGUGUUAUUCUACCGAGAUGCCCGUUCUUUCCCCCGCUACCAGCUGGGCGUGGUGACCUCCGCUGGAGUCACUAUACAUGAGCCGGUGGAGCUCAAGCAUGACUGGUCGCUCGCACAUAUGAUCAAGAUGAAGUAGAUUGAUAAUAAAGUGUUUUUUUGAAA